AAUCCUGAUCUUGUAAAUCUCCUGUCUUUAAGAGGCCGCAGCAAGACUUUUUCCAACUGAACGAAAUGAAGCCUUGUCUCAUUAAAUUAUUCCGAUGUAUUUGUUUAGUAUUGACUUUGCCUUUACAUCUUAUGGAGAUCACAGGCUUGUACAGCAUGUACAAACGCUUGUUUCCGUUGCUCGCCUACAAUAUAACAUUUUCAUACAACGACAAAAUGCACGAAACGAAAAGAGAUCUUUUUCGAAACGUGGGCAGAUUUGCGAACACCGACGGUAGUCUUCGUUUGCUGGAGAUCGGUUGCGGCAGCGGCGCAAACUUCAGGUUUUAUCCGUACGGCUGCACGGUGAUCUGCACCGACCCUAACCCGCACUUCGAGAAGUACCUGCGGAUGAGCAUGGAAGCAAACAAGCAUUUGACAUAUGAAACGUUUAUAGUCGUCUCCGGGGAGGAGAUGGAGAAGGUGGAGGACGAGUCCGUGGACGUGGUUGUCUGCACCCUGGUCCUCUGCUCUGUCAGAAACGUGCAGGGAGUGCUGCAUGAGGUGCGACGCAUCCUCAAACCAGGAGGAGCCUUCUACUUUUUGGAGCAUGUUGUGUCAGUUCCUUCCUCCUGGACAUUUUUCUUCCAGCAUGUUUUUGAGCCCCUGUGGUACUAUCUAGGAGAUGGAUGCAUGAUAACCAGAGAAACAUGGAGAGAUCUAGAGGCAGCUGGUUUUUCUGAACUUCACAUAAAACACAUUGAGGCUCCAGAGGUUUCACGGAUGAUAAGACCACAUAUCAUGGGAUACUCCAUUAAAUAAUUGCUGGAAAGAACGGAUUUACUGUGCAUCUUAAACUGUGUAUAUUCACAAGCUUGAAGUUUGUGUUAUUUUCACUUUGAGCCCGGUCAUACGGAAUAUAUUUUACUUAGCUUUUAUUUUUUUUGUCAUACUACCAUUUUUACACUUAAAAUCAUUUUUUAAAAAUGGGUCCAAACUGAGUUUGCCGUUAUAACGAAGAUUACUCAACCUGAACCAUUUGGUUUUAACAGUACAAAAACAGACUAGUCGCACUGCAAUUAUUGAGUGAAAAUAGAUUUAUUUACUCAUAGAAUCAGCAACAUUUCAUACACCGUUUGUUCCUCUUCCCUACCCCUCCCAAGAUGAACAUAAUAAAUAUUACCUGGACACUGUGCUUUUUUCCCUGAUUGUCUAAGUAACUGCCAAGAAACAACCAAACAAACCUCACUCAAUGUCAUUAUUUUUGUUACCCUUUAUAUUCCAUUGCACAAAAAUAAGGAAUGACCAUUGUAACAUCUCCUUAUAGGGAAAUGAGGGGAACUGCUGGUUCACAAUAUAAACAGUAAAUUAUGUCGGUGUGGUAAAUAUACAGUCAACAUUCUGCAGAUGCUGAAUAUUAAAAAUAAAAAAAACUCCAACAGCAACAUUUUUAAAAACACAACAAAAAGAGGAGCAGGAUACAAAUUGAGACUCAAAGUUAAAGCUCACAAUUUCAAACCUCCCAUAUUAAAAAUGUACAGUACUAUAAAUGUUAUAGCGUUAGCAAAUUUUUAUAUAAAAAAACAGCAGGGGAAAAAAUGUUUUUGAGUAUAUUUUACUGCCAUCACAAGUCACUUUUUAUAUCAAACAGAGUAAAAAAACUGGAGGAUGUCAGCCUGAUCGAAGUGUUCCCAGAAACCCAGUUCAUGUCCAAAUGUCUGAGCUGUGCUGCUCCCACAUUGUGUCCCAAUCCUCAACCUCUACUCAAACAGGUUAUCCUGUUUUAACACAAUAAAGGUCCUUUAAUGUUUUCAGUUCUUCAAUCAGGGUCUUGUUUUGGUUUUCAAGAACAGCAACGCGGUUUUCGAGGCAUUUA